AUGACAAGCGAAAUCGACCAAGGGAACUUUGGCGAUAGCGCUCGGAAUCGAUAUCAUUACGAUAUAAAACUAAAAAGUUCACAUCAUGUAUUUGACGGUGCCGGGGAGAAUAUUCAGUACCACAGCGACAACGAAUCUUUAGCAUCGAGAAAGAGUAAAACUCGAUAUAUAAAUCCAGCAAUUUAUAUUGAAAAAGUUGAAUCUACUCAUUCGGUGACGUCACUACAAACAGAUUCCUCAUAUGUAGAUGACGUCACUCCACACCCGCAUAGUACCUAUAGAAGUAGUUCCACGCCUUACCUAACGGGACGUAUAUCUAGUGCGUCUUCUACUAGCGUUAAAAGAAAGUCAUGUAAACUAAUAAGUCAGGAUGAACAAGAUCGUGAUGACGAGACGCCGAGAUGUCAAACCUACCGUGAAGAUGCAGCAGACACAUUUCGCUUAUCUGUCGCGUCCGUUUCAACAACAACUACAGCUAAAGAAGAACGUGAGCGAACCGAAAAGAAACGACAAGAAGCUUUUCAGCAGUGGUUAGCACGUAAAGAGCAAGAGAAGAGAGAAAAGGAGCGCCUUGAAAAAACGAAAAGACAACUAGUACCUACAACCACAGCAGAACAGCGAGAGGAGUCAUUUCGACGUUGGCUGGAGCGCAAACGAACUCAAUCUGAACGUCGCAAAGCCGAGGAAAUCAUGAGGAAAUACCCUCAGAAUGAGAAGCUUGAACAAGAACGAAAGCAACGACAGCAAAAUAAAGAAGAAAAAUUAGCAGAAUGGAUACGAAAAAAGGAAGAGGACAUGAAGUUAAUGAAAACAAAGGCGGAGCGUCGUGCCGCGCGUCUCGCAAUUGAGGAAGAACGUCGACGCGUGCAGGGCGAGCGAGCUUACAGAGACUGGCUGCGUACGAGCAAGAAUAAACCGUUGCCCGUGCCUCUAAACCAAGGAGAACUCAGUAUGCGUGGCUCGGUGUCUCAAAUGUACAUAAAUCCUAUCCCCUGGCAACCAUUAACGAAAUGAGGAUUGAAAAUUUAGAUGGAAGAAUGACUAUAACAUAUGAUACUUCAGUUCAAAUAUUCGUUUUUUUAUGUAUUUUUUAUUGAGAUGCGAUAGGUAUUUAAUUACGUAGUGUUAAUAUACUGAUCUUUAACGAUAAUCUCGAUUUUACUGUGUACCAAAUAAUAUGAAAAUAAAACAAGUGUUUUAUUCUA